AUGGCCGACUUGGCGCUCAAGGCUUUGCAGAUAUGCCUUGAACGCCUUGAACCAUUGCCCACCAAUAUCCCCGGGUUCCUCCUCGCCGAGCGGAGCUGGCAAAACUUGGCCUGCUGCUGCAAGGAGUUCUCGGUGUCCCGAAAGGCGCGAAAGGAGCAAGCUUGUAAUCUGUUGACACUUGUUCACAAGACGAGCUGGUGGAAAAUGCCCGCUGCAGCGUAUGGCGACUGCUUCACCAACCUCAAGUUCGACAUCCUGAAUCUUCGCAGGGCGAACUUCUGGACUAUCAUGACCGCCGACCAUGCAAAUGCCCUACUAGAGUGGGAGAUCGACGUCGCGACCACAAUGUUCAAGGUCUUGACGGACAACAUCAACACUCGAAUCGGACCGUACUACGCCUUGAGCUUCGCUCACAGAUUCAUUGAGCGAAUGCACCGUUACGAAGAUUUGGGCAUUAUGGGCAUUCCAAGACAGAUCAUGAAAAAGGUCAUGCGGGACACGCUGCCGGCGCCGGCGGAGUGGAUGACAUAUCUCUCACACUGGACGGACACACGCCUCCGCUUGUAUCGUAAAUGGCACGCUCCUGAAAUGUCCAACCGAUUGGCAGUUGCCCGCUUGAGAGUCCAUCCUAGCGGCCUUGAGAGCGUAGAUUUCGAAUACGGGAGUGAGGCUGAAUACGAGGGUGAGGAUGAAGAGAAUUGA